UUGUUUUCAAACAAAUUUUGCUUUUGACGUUUUAACUAAGUGCAAGCCAUUUAAAGUAUUUAUAUCAUCAAUUAGAAUUUUGAAAAGAAAUCCUACUCAAAAUGACUUCAGGUGCCCGAGAUUAUGGAGAACUACGAAAUGAUGAAAAGUUCAUCAAUUGCGUGGAAAACUUCGAUGAAAGUUUGGAUAAAAUUGAGGCUUCAAUACAAACAGCAAUUGGUUUUAAGGACUAUGAAGAGUUAUCUACACAGGAACGGGUUAAACUGGACAAUUAUUUGGCAUAUUCGAUUAACUCACUUUACUGGAUGUAUGUCAAGCUACAAGGAUUGGAUCCUAAUGAGCAUGGCAUUAAAAAUGAACUGUCCCGUACUCGACAAACGAUAUUGAGAGAUAAGGAAAUCUAUGAACGUAACACCAUACGUCCCAAACUAGACAAAGGAGCAGCUGGUCGUUUUAUUAAGCAUGGUUUACAUCUACGAUAUGACAAAGAAGGCAAUCCCAUAAAUGACAAAGGAGAACAUAGUAAUAGAGAUGAACCAAUGGAAAAUUAGUUGUAAAUAGACCUCAUUUGAAUUUUCAUACUUUAAAAAGAGAUUCAGCCGUUUA